CUUGACUGACGGACUCUCAUCUCUAUCAGUUACUGAUCAUGGAGCAAAUUGAAGAAGCUGGGCUCGAAGAGCGCCUUAAAUCCGCCCUGUGGCUGUCUAUCGGCAAGAUCGUGGACGAGGAGACUAUCAAGCUAGGCGUCAAUGCAACACCUCAAUUCAUCGGGGCCUUGACGGAGAUGGUGUGGUCACAGAUUGAGACUGUCAGUCAGGACCUGGAGUCCUUUGCCAAACACGCCGGCCGAUCGACCGUCAACGUCUCCGACGUGAUGCUGCUCGCCCGCCGCAAUGAGGGACUGGACUCGAUUUUGCGUGCGUUCGUGGAGCAGCAGCGCCCGGGAGGGUCUUAAAUGGCAGCAUAGCUACUAGAAGUCAUGCUGGCUGUAUCUUGAUCUCCGUGAUUAUCAUCACGAUACUUCCCGCUCCUCGGCGAGGAACUUGUCCUACUAUCUUAUAUGUCGAGGGAAAGCCCCUGGCAAGUCAUGAUUGAUGAAUGAACGACCAACUUAAUCCCAACUUUCUUGUCAGUGUCUUGAUACUGUCUUGUGCUGCGGUUAAACCUGUUGACCCAGGCUCACCUUGGCCUCUAUGUGUAGUGGCGAUGAAUUAUGUUCAAUGAGGGAAGCUAACCCGGGAGAUGAUCUCUGAUCAACACUCCGAUCAUAACUCUCGUGCAGUCUAUGGCUCGUUUAAGCUUUUGUUGGAUCUCUACCGGGUACUUUACACUUGCAUUAGGCUAAAUCAUGACCUAGGAAAACUGUAGAUGUGCACAGUUCCCUAGAUAUCUCAUCGUGUAGAUAAGAAAGAACUUUCCAUAG